ACUGUGAGGAUUGAUUCUAUGAUACCCUGAACCUAGGAACCGCCGAGCUUGCCGUGGACGAGUUGUGCAUUUUUAUAUUUCGCCUUUUCAUCACUGUCGGAGUCUACCAAUCUAUCGCAUUCCAACUUAUCCCCGUCGCUCCCAUACUAACAUGCUUCGAAUCAGCGAAGCUAUUGAAGGUCCUGGUCAUUUUCCCUGUCUUAAACCCGAGGAUAUUGCCAAGUGGACUCAAACCGUAUCUGGACCUGAUAUUUCUGAUUUCAUCUAUUGUGGACCGGAAGAAUUCCUCCAGGAUAUGCCUGAUUCAAAGGACGAUGGGUUCUCUAUUGGUUCCAGCGCGCCUGACAGUGCGUAUAUGAGUCAGUCUGACACAGGACAUGCUCAGCCGAGUUCGGGAAGCUUUUACCAGGGGCCCUCACAAUAUCUUCGUCGCCACGCCAUCGAUACUCAUCAGAGGAGCACCUUAUCACCAGGAUUAUUCUCGGAUGCUUCAGCUCAUUACCCUUCAUUUGCUAUCGGCCAACAAUUUCCUCCUUCUUCUCAUGCAUCUGAAUUGGAUGACGACUCAACCCACAUCUUAUUCCCAUCGCCUAUCGAGGGUCGCUUUAUUCCUUCUCAUGAUCAGCUUGACACCCAGUCCGGAUGGGACCAAGCCUCCUGGACGGUUCAAGGAUCCGGACAACCACCGCGGACCGAGGCGUUUGAGGAGCGAGGAACUGAGCACAGUUUCAUUGACACUCAAUUCCCCCAACCGAUGCAGUACAGUCUUUCUUCUCAAUCUACCCAGAGGUUCGAGAUCUCGGAGGAUACCACCAGCAUGCAUGGACUUUUGAACCGGACCGGGAUGUCCGGAGUGCCGACUCCGACAAGCUCAUUAGUAUCCACGGAUUAUUCGAAGAACUUACCAAGACUUACAAAUGAUCCACAGGACGCAAUCAUUUUUGGUCCGAACAUUGCCUUGCAUUUCACUGGACCAGGGUCUACCGGAGGCUCUCCCGAGGAUUCUGGAGAUAUCGAUGUUCAAGAGGACGUACAGUCCUCUUCCGCUGGAGGGAAAACAACAGGGAGUUCAAGUCGAUCCGGAGAAGAAGGUUCUAGGAGCGAUCCACUUUACAAAGCUCUCCCUGGCCCCAAUGGACAGUACCGUUGCCCAUUCGCAGAGGAUGGUACCGACUGCGGACACAAGGAGACGAAGUUGAAGUGCAACUACGAUAAAUACAUCGACUCUCAUCUCAAACCUUUCCGGUGCCGAGGGCCAGAUUGUGGUCACCAUCAGUUUUCUAGCACCGCCUGCUUGCUCCGGCAUGAACGCGAAAUGCAUGGAAUGCACGGCCAUGGUUCACGGCCACAUUUGUGCUUGUAUGAGGGCUGCGAGCGAUCGGUGUCAGGCAAUGGGUUCCCACGACGGUAUAACCUGCUUGAUCAUAUGCGUCGCGUCCAUGACUAUGUCGCUGGGGCGGUGGAUUUUCCCAGAGACGAUGCUAUACCCGAGAGGAAGAGUCGCAAGCGAAAGGCUGCCGAAGGGAGCUCGCCAGUCGAGAAGAGCGCACGCCCGAAAACUCCAGUGAGCUCGACAUCCAGCCGUCAUCCGUCAAACCUGGCCGUCCCGCAUACCUCUGCUCAGCGAUCUGCAGCUCCUCAACCAACUGUGGCAGCUUCACGCCUAGGAUCAGCACAGCGUCAUAUCUCUCAAGGGGGCAUCCAACCGCAAGCAUCGCCCAAUUUCCAGCAGCAGAUGCUUACUUCCACCUUCCAACACCGGCAGCGACAGCCUGCUUAUGCUGCUCAGGGCAGUUCGGCAGAUUUCAAAUCGUCGGUGGCGUCGUUGAUGUCGCAACUCGCGAGCAUCAAGGGGCCACUGGAUGACGACGGACUGCAGGAAGUGUCCCUGGAAUAUGCAAAAAUGUGGGCGAUCGUCAAGGAUGCGAAGAAUAUGAGGAGAGCAUGAAUGUUUCCAUGAUGAUUAACGACCACUUCUUUACGGCCGAUUUCCUAACCUGAUGAUUUCAUUUGAUGUUCUUUCUGUAUUCGGUAUACUAGAAAGAGGGAAUAUGGUUCUUUCACGCCAUGUUACUCCACUAUCUAGUGGUGGAUUUCUUAGGUAGUUAUUAUGUAUCGCUGGGUUCAGCUGGCCAGGUUGCUUCUUCGGCGUUUGAGAAGUCUCCCUGUGCCAACAGUAUGUCCGCCUAGGUUUACAACUGUCUUGGCCUCAUGACUUGGCUAGUCAUAAUUGGGGACGUGGACGAGACAUAGAUACCCUGGCA